CGUCAUGCAGCUUCGCUCAUGAAAUUCAAUCUGUUUUCCACUUUAUACAAUGCUUCUUUAAGAACUCAUACCUGUGGUGAAUUAAGAGAGUCGGAUAUAGGAAAGGCGGUUACGCUUUGCGGUUGGUUAUACAAUACGCGUGUAUCUUCGUCGUUUCUGUUAAUAAAAGAUGCGUAUGGAAUUACGCAAAUCGUUCAGCUCCGACUUGGCUUGCCGACUUGUGAUUCUGUUAUCAGGGUGCACGGGAUUGUUCAGUCCAGACCGCCAAAAAACAUAAAUAAGUCCAUGCAAACAGGAAUGAUUGAGGUCAGGGCAAGUAAAAUUGAGACAUUGAACAGAGCCUCUGAGUGCAUUCCAUUUAAAAUGAAGGAAAGAACGCGGCUGGGCUUAAGGUAUCGCUACCUUCAACUGAGACAGUCUGAGUUCCAGAAACGCCUCCGAUUUCGGUCGGAAUUCCUACGCAAGUUGCGCAAUUACCUUUGCGAAGACAAAGGUUUUGUUGAUGUGGAAACUCCAUGCUUAUUUAAACGCACACCUGGGGGUGCCCAAGAAUUCAUCGUUCCGUCACAGUUCCAAGGCCAGUUUUAUUCCCUUCCCCAGAGCCCGCAACAAUUCAAACAACUUUUGAUGAUUGGUGGAAUUGAUCGCUAUAUGCAAGUCGCGCGGUGUUUUCGCGAUGAGAUCUCGAGACCAGAUAGGCAACCAGAAUUCACGCAGCUUGACAUUGAAGCGUCUUUCAUAAGCAAGGAAGAUGUUUAUGGUUUUGUGGAAUCUGCCUUGGCUUAUGCCUGGCCUGAGGUCUGUAAGUUUAACGAGGUAACCGGAGAGCUGAAAACUCCUUUUCCGCGUAUGUCCUAUGAGGAAGCCAUGAAAAGAUACGGGAGCGACAAACCUGAUAUUCGUUUUGAUAUGGAGUUAAAAAACUCUCGCUGUGGUGCCAACGAGGAAUUUGCGUUUUUUGUUGUUCCAGCUGGCUACUAUCCAGAUGUACCCAUCUACAAGCCUGGAAUCUUCUUCCUCUGGGUAGAGAACUUCCCACUGUUUUCAAUAAACGAGCUGGGUAACUUUAUUUCCGAACAUCAUCCAUUCACGGCUCCCGUGGAAUCGGAAGUCGAUUUGCUCAAAACGAAACCAGCGUCGGUGAGCGAUUGCAUAAAAACCUCUGGUCAUUACGACCUCGUGUGCAAUGGCCAGGAGGUGGGUGGCGGAUCCCUUCGGAUCCAUCAGGCCGAUAUGCAGCGCUACGUAUUAGAAAACAUUCUUGGCGAAAACGUAGCUCCGCUUAAGCAUCUCCUUGAGGCCCUCGCCUCUGGAGCUCCACCACAUGGCGGAUUCGCUCUAGGUGUGGACCGUCUGACAGCCAUUCUCACGAACGCGCAGACUAUUCGAGAUGUUAUCGCCUUCCCUAAGACGUCCGAAGGCCGCGACCUCCUCUCAGGAUCUCCAGACGUCGUACCUAACACCGACCUCGAUCGGUAUUUCAUAAGAGUUCUCCGGGACGGAGAAUAA